AUUUAAGUGCAACGGCGCACCGCACCUCGAAUAGACCGAGACGUUCUUCCUCCGUAGGAUUCUCGGAAAUUCAUUCGCCGGAGGCCCGGAACAAUGAAGUUCAAAGAUUCGCCGGUCAUAGAGCUCACCGUCGGUGGCACAAACCUUUCGUUUGAGCAGGAUAACGGCUCUUUUCACGUCGGCACGUCCGUCUGGCCCUGCUCCCUCGUCCUCGCUAAGUUCGUCGAACGCUGGCUGAUACCUUCCUCUUCCGCAGCCACCGCCACCGCCACCAAUCCCUACGCCCACCUUCUGUGCUUUUCCGGCAAGCGCGCCAUCGAACUCGGCGCUGGUUGCGGUCCCGCUGGCAUCUCCCUCACUGUCCUCGGUCUCGACAUUAUUCUGACGGACAUCGCCCCAGUCAUGCCUGCCCUUCGCCGCAACCUCAAGCGCAAUCGAUCAGUCCUCCCCAAAGCCCCCAAACACGCCCAACUGUACUGGAACAACGCUGACCAGAUCCGAUCCCUCAAUCCGCCCUUUGACCUGGUCAUUGCUGCAGAUGUCGUCUACAUGGAGGACUCGGCGGUGCAGCUCGUGUCCGCCAUGGACGCUCUCGUUGCGCCCAACGGAUUGGUUUUGUUGGGCUACCAACUGAGAUCACCGGAGGCGCACCGGGUAUUCUGGGAUCGGUGUUCGGAGGUUUUUCCGGUGAUUGAGAAGGUUCCUCACGAGGAUCUUCACCCGGAUUACGCGUAUGAGGAGGCGGAUGUGUAUAUCUUCAGGAAGUGCAAGUGAAAUUAUUCGUGGCUUUGGAGAAAUUUGGCGCAGUAACUUCAUUCCCUUUUCUUAGGUUUGUACUCAACGAGUUUUAAAGUUUUUCUUCACUUCGUAAGCUAUAUGCUGGAUGUUCUCUUUUUUUACACAGCCUUGCCAAGAUCAUGUUAAAUUUCCAAUUUUGCGACAUACCAGAAGAUUAGUUUUGGCACCCUUCAUUGGUGCUUAGUUUUAGUUGUGAUUUUUUGCCUUUCAAAGGGAAAAGCCUACUUCAUUGCAUAAUGAUCUAUCGUUAUGACACUUCUGAGAUUU